GAUGACGCUGAUUGGAGAAGAUGGUUCUCGACCUUUUCACUUUAAAUAGUGAUUACAGUGUGUGAUUAAUGAAAGUGGUUGCUCUUAAUCAACUAUGCUGUCAGAAGAUCUUCCCUGGAUUCCUGCCACUUACGACAUAUUAACAAGGAGCAGUGGAUACAUAUCCGGAAUUGUAAAAUCUACAGAAGAACUGGACAUCUUACUAGAAAAUCACAAGCGAGCAACUUGUAGCGCUUUCAUUAAAUGGUCUGACCACAUAAAAGAUGCUAGUAAACGGAGACUGCUUUGGCAAGUGGAGGACUACGCAGAGGAUGUUCCCCUUUAUGUGGUCAAAAGAGUUACGCUUGCUUGCCAACAUGGCAAAGCACCAAACAGAAGACUUUCUACAGCUACGGAACAUUCUUCAGAAAAUGGAAGCUGCAAGAAGAGGCUCCGUAAGAGACUGAAGAAAUUGGGCUGUCCGGCAAAACUUUUCAUUCGUCACGUGACCAGGUAUGACACAUUUAGUGUGAAGGGAGACGCUUCCAGAGCAAAAAAAGAAGAUGCCAUGAAAAGACUAAAACAGGCACUAACCCAAACAAACCCACCUACUUCAACAUUCAUCCAUGUCAAACUUCCACUCGUGGAAGCCCACCACAACCAUAGUAUCGACUCAGGAUGUUGCCAUUCAAGGCCGAUGCAUCCCAGAGUUAAAGAGAAAAUCCAGGAAUUUGUGGGAGCGGGGUUAACGUCUGUCGCUUGUGUUAAAAUAGCCUUGAAGCAGUUUGUGCUGACUGAGCUGUGUUCGGAUGACCUGUGCAAACCUCAUGAAGAAGACCAAGCAUACUUCCCAUCCAGCAAAACGAUUCACAACCAUAUAAAGGGAAUAGGGGCAGGGAAUGGACACAGAAAAGAGGUAAAACAGUAUGUUGUGGAUGAUGGUCCGAAAAGCAAGUGGGAGGAGGACAUAAUGGAAGAUGAAGCGGUUCCAGAGGUGGAGAAUGAGCAUGGAAGAGACGUGGAAGAAGACAGGCUACAGAGUGUCAGAGCGGCACAGCUCGCAUUGAGGGAGGAGCUUAAGAAAUUCACAGACGCUUCAUUUUUGUGUGAGCACCUUGACACCUUGGAAAGUUCAACUGAAGCCUUGAUGAACCUGAGAACAUCCUUCCUAACUCACUGCCGGAAUGAAAACCCUCUUGUGUUAAGUAAACAUAAAGUGGUGGGAUUAGGAACAUCUACUGUCAAGAAAAGCCAAUCCAAAAAUCAAUCAACAUUGAAGGAAGCUGAGGUGUGUGAUCCUUUGCUGUCCUUAAAUGCCCCAAAACCUUUCUCAGAUGGAUGAAGAUCUCGUACAGUGGAUUGUACAAGAAAUCACCCCCUUGGACUGAUUUGUGAUUUAUUGCAAUUUUCUGAACUAUUUACACAAAAUGAUCUUGUGUAAUUUUUUAGGGGGGCCUUCUAUUGUUUAUUUUUCUGCUGAAAGUUUAAUUCAGGUCCCAGCGUCUGAAUGAGGUUUUCCUCUUGGAUUUUGCUUGUCCUUAUCUGCAUCAGUUUUUUAAUCUAAAAAAGUUCUCAGUCUGUGACGAUGCCAUGCACUACCCACCCCAUAAUGCCACCAGCAUACAUGAAGGUUGGGAGGCACUUACUCAGUAAUGGGUUAUUUAUUUUUAUGUUUUUUAUCUUUUGACAUUUCUUUGCUGUUUUUAGUGCCUUGUUUGUAUGUAAGGUGCCUGUUUUACAAUAGUUAUAUUCUAUACAUUUGUAGUGAUUAUUGUCACUCGGUUAUUUAGAAUGACCCCCCCCCCCCCCCUUUAAAAAUAUUUGAAUCUUGAAAAGCAGAUGUUCCAUGUAUCUGUUGUAUAUUUAAGGAAUAAUGCAUGAGGGUGUGUGAUAUAUGAUCAAUACGCCACUGUGCUUGUUAUAUUGGCCAAAUACCAAAAACCCUUGGUAUAGGCCAGGGUUUGCCUUAUUGCAGUUAUGAACUGGUUACAAAACCAGUUGGAGUAAUAAAAAGUUAUGUCAUGACAUAUACGUCAUAUGUUCUCAUAUACCAGUGCUAACACCCAAUCAGCAUUCAGGAUUCAAACUACCUGGUUGAUAAUGUCAGAUAUACCACAGCUUUCAGAUAAUUGGCAUCCAGGACUGCUCAGGAGAACCUGCUGUGGACUGUUGAUAUUGAUAUAUUUACAUUUAAGCAUGGGGAUCAGAAAUACAGUGUAGACAUUGGUAAUCUUGUAUGUUGAAUAUUGUAGCUGAUUUUUAAUGGAAUACCUAGCUAGGCGUACAGAAGCCCAUUAUCAGCAACCAUCAGUCCUGUGUUCAAAUGGCAUGUUGUGUUUGCUAAUCCAAGUUUAGCAUUUUAACAGGCUAAUUGAUUAUUAGCCUUUUGCAAUUUUUGGCACAGCUGGAAACUAUUUUGCUGAUUAAAGAAGCAAUAAAACUGA